AAGACUAUAACAAAUGUUUCUCGAGGAAGAGUGAACGGUUUUUCAAUUUCUCACACCAUAAUCCCUAAAUUCGCUCCAUUUGCUCCGUUAACAAGCACAACCAGGCGAUGCACUCCUCCAAGCCCCCUCGCCGGAAAGUCGCUCCGGCGAACGGCGACGACUCAGGUGACAAGCUCGACCAACUCCUCCUUUCCUCUGCCAUCUGCAACAACGAGGACCUCGGCCCCUUUAUCCGCAAGGCCUUCGCCUCCGGUAAGCCGGAGACGCUCCUCCACCACCUCCGCCAGUUUGCGCGCUCCAAAGAGUCCGAGAUCGAGGAGGUCUGCAAGGCACACUACCAGGACUUCAUCCUCGCUGUCGAUGACCUCCGAUCUCUUCUCUCCGACGUCGACGACCUUAAGUCCUCCCUCUCUGACUCCAACUCUAAGCUCCAGUCUGUCGCGCGUCCUCUACUCUCAUCGCUUGACGCCUUCGUCGAGACACGAAACGUCUCGCGGAACGUCAACCUCGCAAUUGAAUCGGUGCAUACAUGCGUGGAGUUGAUGGAGGUGUGCUCACGCGCCAACCGCCACCUCGCCGGCGACAACUUCUACAUGGCGCUAAAGUGUGUUGACACGCUCGAGAGGGAAUACUUGGAGAAGACGCCGUCAACGACGCUGAAGAGGAUGCUAGAGAGAAAGAUCCCGGAGAUCCGGUCGCACAUAGAGAGGAAGGUGAGUAAGGAGUUCGGCGACUGGCUGGUUGAGAUCCGAGUGGUGAGUCGCAACCUUGGACAGCUGGCGAUUGGCCAAGCUUCAGCAGCGAGGCAGAGAGAAGAAGAUCUCAGGAUCAAGCAGCGCCAGGCAGAGGAGCAGAGCAGGCUCAGCGUUAGGGAUUGCAUUUACGCUUUGGAGGAGGAGGAAGAUGAUGAAAUUGCCGCUGGUAGCGGUAUCGGUGAGGAUGGAUACGGAAACGGAGGUGGAAUUGUUGGUUUUGAUUUGACUCCUUUGUACAGGGCUUACCCGAUGACACCUUUCCUUGAAUCGCAUCAGACAUUCUUUGCGCAGAUUGCGGGUUUCUUUGUGGUAGAGGAUAGGGUUUUGAGGACUGGCGGUGGUUUGAUAUUGAAGAUGGAGGUUGAGAAUUUGUGGGAUAUUGCUGUUAGCAAGAUGUGUUCUGUGUUGGAGGAUCAGUUCUCCAGAAUGCAGACUGCCAAUCAUCUCUUGCUCAUUAAGGACUAUGUGAGCCUUUUGGGAGUGACUCUGCGGAGGUAUGGGUACCCGAUUGAUGCAUUGCUAGAUGUUUUGAGCAAACACAGGGAUAAAUAUCACGAGCUUCUGUUGUCAGAUUGUCGGAAGCAGAUUGCUGAGGCACUUGCUGCUGAUAAGUUUGAGCAGAUGUUGAUGAAGAAAGAGUAUGAGUAUUCCAUGAAUGUGCUUUCUUUCCAAAUACAAACGUCGGAUAUUGUACCUGCUUUUCCUUAUGUUGCACCAUUUUCGACAACUGUGCCUGAUUGUUGCCGCAUUGUGCGGUCCUUCAUUGAGGAUUCUGUGAGUUUCAUGUCUUAUGGUGGGCAGCUUGAGUUCUAUGAAAUCGUUAAGAAAUAUUUAGACAGGCUUUUGACCGAGGUCUUAGAUGAAGCUUUGUUAAAGCUUAUUAAUACAUCAGUUAGUGGUGUGCCCCAGGCAAUGCAAAUGGCAGCAAAUAUGACUGUAUUCGAGCGUGCAUGUGAUUUCUUCUUUCGCCAUGCUGCACAGCUCUCAGGGAUUCCAUUGAGAAUGGUGGAGAGAAGCAGGAGGCAGUUCCCACUUAGGAAAGCUCGAGAUGCUGCAGAAGAGACCCUUUCUGGGCUACUUAAAGCCAAGGUUGAUGGAUUUAUGUUGCUUAUUGAGAAUGUAAAUUGGAUGGCUGAUGAGCCGCCACAGAGUGGAAAUGAAUAUGUAAAUGAGGUCAUCAUUUAUUUGGAAAUUUUGGUUUCAACUGCUCAACAGAUACUGCCAACUCAAGUCCUCAAAAGAGUUCUACAGCAAGUUCUUUCGCACAUAUCAGAGAAGAUUGUUGGGGCUUUAGUUAGUGACUCUGUCAAGAGGUUUAAUGUGAAUGCUAUUAUUGGAUUUGAUGUGGACAUCCGGCUUUUAGAACAAUUUGCUGAUAAUCAGGCCUCCCUUUUUGCCGAUGGAGAUGCUGAUGAAUUGAAGAUGGCGCUUGCUGAGUCAAGGCAAUUGGUUAAUUUGCUAUUAAGCAAUCAUCCAGAGAACUUCUUGAAUGCAGUGAUUAGGGAGAGGAGUUACAAUACUUUGGACCAUAGGAAAGUAGUGAUUGUUUCAGAGAAGUUGAGGGAUCCUUCUGAUCGGCUCUUUGGAACCUUUGGUAGUCGUGGAGCCAGGCAGAAUCCAAAGAAGAAAUCUCUGGAUACAUUGAUAAAAAGGCUUAAGGAUGUUAGCUGAUUAAGCUCAAAGCUGUAUUUAUUAUAUCGAUCAGUGAGCUAAAUCAAAACAUUGAAGCUCCAGAGCUUUGGAAGGAAAUCAAUUCCUAGCAAAUUGGGACCCCAAUAUACGACUGUGAGGUGUGAUGCAAAUCGAAUUUCUUACUUCAAAUUGAAACCAAACAAGAGGAUGGGUUAAAACUUGAAAGGUGCGGUGAGUUUCUAUAUAUGGAUUCCAAUUGUUAAUGAUCAAAGAAUUUAAGGGCUAAUUGGAGAUAUCAGGUAUGGGCUAGAACUUAGAUGUGAACAGAAGUCCAGGAUAAGUGGGCUAAUAUAGUAAUUUCACAUAUCUUUAUAUGCCUGCAUCUUUACUUGGUUACAUGCUUAUAUUUGUUAUUUGUAUCUAUUAUGUCAACUAAAUGGGAAUGGAUUAUCUAAGGUUUGGGCAGUCA